AAGUAUAAACCAGUCGCCAAGAAGGUCCGAGCGGUCCCUGCAACAUUGCCUAAGGAAUAUAGGAUCCAAUGCAAUAUUGUAGGAGACCCGCUGGCCGACAUGCUGAUUUUAUCCACAAUUCCCCCUUCCUUCCAGCCAACCGGACGAUAUUCACAAGAG